GCUGUGCCGGCGUCCGGAGCGGUGCCCCCAUCCUCCCUUCUCCCUGCGACGUGGAAAAGGUCACAGAAGUGCCUGAUGUUCGCUCUGUAGCAGCAGUUUGUGAGAAAUGUCAGACCCCGAGCGGCCUGGCGCCCACCCUACCCCCCCAACAUGGACACCACAGUCUCUGUUGCCUGCAGUGCUCUGACUACUUCACAGCUAACCUGAUCAUGUGACAAGCUACGAAUGUUGAGUUGGCUUAAAAACCCAAGGCUCACAGGGUGCCUAGCAGGGCCGAAGGUCUUGGGAAGCAGCUGGGUCGGAGCCCGCCCGGUCCUACUGCUCAGAAUCUGGGGGUCUGAGCCUCCUCCAGCCUCACCCCUGCCUCGUGGUGUGGUGGGCCUGCGUGCGCCCUGCCUGGGAGGCAAGGUGCUCCGGGUGAGCCCGCUGGGCCCCGGUGGCUCCGCCCCCCCGGAUCUUGGUCCCUCCUCCUUUUCUUCUGACUGGUCAGCGUGUGGUCUGGAGGUUGCCUAAGGGCAGUGCUGUUGACCAGGGAGGUUCCAAGUAGGAAUCUGGCGUUUACUAGGUGCGCAGCAAGACCCGGCCAGCGCCGUCGGAGAAAAUGGAGGUGGGCGAUGCCUAACAUGGACACCAUGUUCGCCCGAGGGUUGAAGAGGAAGUGCUGGGACAGCGAGGAGGACGUGGAGGGCUCGCUGGCCGUGCCGUCCUACAGCCUGCAGCGGCAGUCGCUCCUGGACAUGUCUCUGGUCAAGCUGCAGCUGUGCCACACGCUAGUUGAGCCCAACCUUUGCCGCUCGGUCCUCAUCGCCAAUACGGUCCGGCAGAUUCAGGAAGAGAUGACCCAGGAUGGAGCCUGGCGGCUCCCGGCACCCCCAGAGGCCGGGCGGGGGCCCUUAGACCGCCUGGUCUCCACUAAAAUCCUGUGCCACGCAGCCUGGGAGCAGCAGGGGCAGCGCCCGACGCCUGACCUGCCCUCGGAGCUGUCCGGGGCCCUGGCCGCGCCCGGGAGCGCACAGAGCUGCAUCUGGGAGGCGGAGAGCUCCCGUGUGCACCGAGGGAGCUUUCCGAAAUCCCUGGGUCAGAUAUUCGAGACCCUGGAGAGCAGAGCCCCCAGCCCAGUGGAAGGGCUGUUUGCGGAUGCAGAAGGCCCCUACUACGACCUGGACGCCGUGCUGACAGGCAUGGUGGGUGGCAAGUCAGGCCCGGGCGAUGGGCUCCAGGCCUUGGCGCCCGCGGGAGCCCCACCCCCCAGCGUCAGCUGCAAGCGGGACCUGGGCGAGCUGGACCACGUGGUGGAGAUCCUGGUGGAGACCUGAGCCUGCUGCGUAGGCCGUGGGGUCACGGCCGUCCCCUAUCGGUCCACCAGACCAGCCCUGCUGCCUGGUGACUACAAGAACGUGCGGGAACAGAGCCAUUUCCUGCAGGCUGGUCACCUGGGGCUGGCCGGGCCUCUCCUGUCUGAGCCCCACAGCUCGAGGAGGACGGGCCGCCAGCUGCCUGAGCCUCCUCCAACGUUAGAUAGGUGCAUUUUUUAAAAAUUAAGUUUUA